ACGAAGUGAACGCGACAUGUUCGAGACUACUGCAGAAUAUUACGCGGAUAGUAUACUGUAUCCAAUAUUAUCAAAAAAAAUGGCAGCUUUGUUACCGAAAGAUACGAUACUCGUCGACAUAUUACCGACAGUGCCGCAAAAUGAUUUUCAGUUGAUCAUACCAAAUUCGCUGGAGUCAACGAUGACGUUGAUUUCUCUGUAUAAACGCGGCCAGAAGCAUACCAUACAAGACUUUUUAGAAGGAAUCGGAGAUCUUUAUAAUGUAGGACUUCAGCCACAGGUUGCACGUUUGUAUCCGCCAGUUCAAUUUCCUGUUAGUCGCGGAACACCAAUGAUAUCUCCUCUCAUUAGAUGGGAUCACUCUGAGGAUUAUUACUUAUACCAUUAUAAAGGCGAAAAUAGAAUUUUCGACAAGGAAAGAGUCAUCACUAUUAAAACCAGUGACGAAGACUUUGAAUACAUGUCUGGUCACAUAAUCGAUGGGAGAAAUUUGUUACCGGCUAUGGGUUACCUUUACGAAAUUUGGAAUACAAUUGGCUUGUUGAAAGGCAUUGAUCAUAGGAGUAUACCGAUUGUAUUUGAAAAUGUUAAGUUCCUACGUGCUACUCACCUAUCGAAAAAAGACGAAGUGGAAUUAACUCUUGUGAUCCAAGGAUGUAGUGAUAAUUUCGAGAUUAUAGAGGGAGGCAAUGUGAUCGUCAGUGGAGUUGUGAGGGUGCCUGAUGAUGUUGCGAAUGAGAAAAUACCUGUCCAGUUCCUAUCUAAGGAUGACAAUGCUGAGGAAUACAUGAACACUUCAGAUAUUUACAAGGAACUACGACUUCGGGGCUAUCAAUAUAGAGACUUGUUUCGCUCAUUGAAGAGCGCCUCAAUUAAUGGGAGCGUAGGGCAUAUCAAGUGGUCGACGAAAUGGGUGUCGUUUAUGGACAAUAUGUUACAAAUGAAAAUUCAGUCGCUCGACUCGAGAAAUCUUUACGUACCGACUCAAAUUCGCAAUUAG